CCCUCGACCUCGCUCUUUUCGUUUCAGGCAGAGACAGAAGCGGGGCGCUCGGAGCGUGAGGUGGUGGAGGGAGAGAGAGAGACGUUCGACAUCCGGACCACAGCGCCGCCGCCAUUAUGGUGAAACUCGCCAAGACCGUGAAAACUCAGCCUAAACUGAAGAAAAUGGCCGCUCCUCCUGCCAAGGAAGUCGAUGACAGUGAAGAAGAUUCUUCUGAAGAGGAAGACAGUAGCGAGGAAGAGGAGGAGAUGGUUCCUCUGAAGAAAGCGGUUACUCCAGGAAAAACGGCCGCCACAGCAGUUACUCCCAACAAAAAGGCAGCAACUCCUGGCAAGAAGGCAGUGGCUACCCCAGCUAAAAAAGUAGUUCCUGUUCCCGCAAAGAAAGGAGCUGCUACUCCAGCAAAGAAGACGCCAGUCCCAGUCAAAGGAGCCAAGAAUGGAAAGAAUGUAAAGAAAGACGAGAGUGAGGAGGAGGAGGAAGACGAUGAGGAUGAGGAGGAAGAUAGUGAGGAAGAGGAGGAAGAUGAGUCUGAAGAGGAGCCUCCCAUUCCACUGAAAAAAACUGCGAAAAAGCCUGCAAUCCCUGUGGCUGCUGUAUCAGCCAAGCAAAAGACCGAGGAGGAGGAGGAAGAUGACGAGGAGGAAGAUGACGAGGAGGAAGAUGAAGAGGAUGAGUCAGAAGAUGAACCCAUGGAUACAACUCCAGCAAAAGGAAAGAAAGCUGUAGUUGUGAAGCCAGCAGCAAAAAAAGCCACUCCAGCAAAGGUUGCCAAGGACGAGGAGGAGGAAGACGACGACGAGGAUGAUGAUGAGGAAGAGGAUGACGAGGAGGAGGAUGACGAGGAGGAGGAAGAAGAUGAAGACGCUGUUCAGGAAGUGGCCGGAAAGCGAAAGAAAGAAAUGGCAAAACAAGGCACCCCGGAUGCUAAGAAAAAGAAAACAGAAGAUGCUGCCUUCUCCCUCUUCAUGGGCAAUCUGAACUCGAGCAAGGACUUUGAGGAACUGAAGGCUGCGAUCAAGGACUUCUUCGCCAAAAAAGGGCUUCAAGUACAAGAAGUCAGAAUCGGCAAUUCAAAGAAGUUUGGUUAUGCAGAUUUUUCCACUGAAGCUGACCUGGACAAAGCACUGAAAUUCAACGGGAAAAAAUUAAUGGGAUUGGAAAUGAAACUGGAAAAAGCAAAGAGCAGAGAAAGCAUUCAAGAGAACAAGAAAGAGAGAGAUGCAAGAACCAUCUUUGUCAAGAAUCUUCCUUACAGCGUCACCCAGGAGGAGUUGAAAGAAGAGUUCGAUAAUGCCCUGGAGGUCAGGCUGGUGUCCAGAGACGGGAGCAGCAAAGGGAUUGCCUACAUUGAAUUUAAAACGGAGGCUGAUGCGGAAAAGGCGCUUGAGGAGAAGCAAGGCAUGGAGAUAGGUGGCCGUGCCAUCAUGCUUGACUAUACCGGUGAAAAGAGCCAGCAGGAUGGCAGAAAAGGGAGCAAGGGAGGACAAGGAGGUGGAGAGUCAAAGACCCUUGUGGUGAACAACCUCUCCUACGAUGCCACAGAAGAUUCUCUUCAGGAAGUCUUCGAAAAAGCCUCUGCCAUCAGGAUUCCACAGAACAACCAGGGCAGGCCCAAAGGCUAUGCGUUUGUAGAGUUUUCCUCCGUUGAGGAUGCAAAAGACGCCAUGAACUCUUGCAACAACACAGAGAUCGAAGGCCGGACAAUCAGACUAGAAUUCAGCACACAAGGAGGACCGAACAGAAGUUCAAACGCCAGAGGAAGCUUUGGCCAACAAAGCAAAACGCUGUUCGUCAGAGGGCUGUCUGAGGAAACCACAGAAGAGACAUUGCGAGAGUCUUUUGACGGCUCCGUCGGGGCAAGGAUAGUCACUGACAGAGAUACUGGCUCGUCCAAAGGCUUCGGUUUCGUGGACUUCAACUCUGCAGAAGACGCCAAAGCAGCAAAAGAGGCCAUGGAGGACGGCGAGAUCGACGGCAACAAAGUGACCCUAGACUUUGCCAAGCCCAAGGGCGACGGUCCUCGCGGUGGCGGCGGCGGCGGCUUCAGUCGUAGCGGCAGAGGCGGCCGCGGCGGCAGGGGGGGCUUCGGCAGGGGAGGUGGCCGAGGAUUUGGAGGCAGAGGCGGCAGCUUCAGAGGAGGCAGAGGCGGAGGCGGCGACCACAAACCACAGGGAAAGAAGAUAAAAUUUGAUGACUGAGUGGCUUGUUUUCUUUGUACCCGAAAGGACUCUGGUGUUUUUAGUUCUGUCACCUUAAAAUGACAGAGCCUUCUGAGGACAUUCCAAGAUACGUUGCGGGCCCCCCAAAAGAAGAGGUACUUGGAAAAAUCCCUUUCAUCGGAGAAAGAGCCAUUUUACUCCCUGGCCACACUUACGAACUUUUUUAAAAACAACGAGAAAUGUGGGAAUUGACUCAUGUCAGUGCUUUGUCCUGAAUUUAUAACGUUUUACCCUGUGUACAAAAAUUAACUUCCUUUACAUGUUUCUGUAGGUUUUUCUUUUUAUUUUGUUUUUCUUUUUUCCUUGCUGUACAAAUGCAAAAUGUUUUUAUCAUUUGUGUUUUGGCAUACUGUCUUGGACAGAUUAAAAGAAGGGUCUAAAC